CUCACUCAAAAUUAACCCAUUUUCAAGUUUAUAGCAAAAUCCUCGUUAGCUUUUCUUUGUCUCUUUCAAGAAACAUUGUAAUAUUUGUCUGUCAUGGCGCCACAUGGAGAGGCUAUUGUCAGCUCCUACACUACUAGGAACAACAACGACAACUUCUCCAAGCCGCCGAGGCUGUCGUCCGACGGCCUCCAACGAACGGUGUCGGACAUCUCAUACGAACUCAUCAACCAAGAAGUGAUCGACUUAAAUCUCCCGCCAAUAUCGGAAGUCGAAAACGCAAGGUGCGAGUGCUGCGGGAUGUGCGAGGAGUGCACGCCGGAGUACAUCGAGAAGGUGCGCGGAAAGUUCUUCGGGAAAUGGAUAUGCGGGCUGUGCACGGAGGCGGUGAAAGAGGAGGUGGAGAAAAAUGGAGGGAAGACGGAGGAGGCUUUGAGUUCUCAUAUGAGUGCAUGCGUUAGGUUUAACAAGUUCGGUAGGGCUUAUCCCGUUUUGUUUCAAGCUGAGGCCAUGAGAGAGAUGUUGAAGAAAAGCAGAUCGGAAGGGAGAAGGGCCACGUCGAUUAGUCCUCGGGACAAAGGCGCACAAAAGAAGGCCGGUGGGAUUGCUCGGAGCUCAAGUUGCAUUCCGGCGAUUACAAGGGAGAUGACUGAUCUCUCCAUAUCCAACUGAGUUCCCAUGCAAAAAGCAUAUAUAUAUAUAUAUAUAUAUAUAUAUUCAACCUUUUUAAAGCCCUAUAGGAUUUUUUUCGUUAGCAAUAGAGAAGCUAAUGUCUCUCCUGAAGCUUAAAAAUUAUUUAUUUCAUGAUCAUCUCUAUUUUGUAGACCAACCUUUUUUCCGUUAUUUUGCAAGGUUUUUUUGAGUUAGUCCCCAGUUCGGAUCCGAAUCUCUAACAAUUUGCUGUUCGGAUUGCUAACAAUUUGAACAGUAAAUGUAAGAGUUUUUAUGGAACUUAUAACCUACCCCAACAAAUCUCUACAUAUCCUAUAAGAGCUCUCUCACAUUUGUUAUCCGAAUUCUUAACAAUUUGGACAGCAAAAUUGCUGAAAAUCUCUAUCUUCAAAUUCUAUACACUUUUCCAUCUCCUGGGCUUCUGGACUUACGUACCUACCACCUUGUAUGAUUUGGUCUCCGCCUUAAUUUCAGUUAUCCUCUAGGGUUUUCUUGGUUGGGUUUAGAUUCUCCUAUCUCUUAUACGUACCACCUUCCAUGGUCAUGUAGUAAAAGUGGUUCUAAACCCUAAUCUAGCUCACCCUUUAGGGUCUUUAUGGGUUAGCCCAAAUGCUCACUCACAAUAUCCUUUUCCCUCUAGAUGUUUAUUUAUUUUCUCUUCUUGGUAUAUAUUGGCACUCUGUCAAUCGUUCUUAUUCCCUGAUUGCUAGCAUAUUUAUAAAUAUGGUCUUCGAGCAAUUACAGUAACAAAGGCUUAGUUGUUAGAUGUUGUGAAGAGCUACCCCCAAAUCAAUAUAUGGUCUUCACUUGUACUCUAAUCUCAAGGUCUUUAUUUGUAAUUACCAGCCGUAUCUAAAUUGCUACAGUCAUGUAUUUCUACAUAUUUACAGUUCAAUAAUAUUUCCAUUUUGCAUCUA